GGUUAUGUGAGUUUGUUAAAAAUAAAAAUAGUGUAAAAAAAGGAAGAAUAUUUUAUUCAAAUUAAUAAAAAUUGUUGUUUAUUGGUCAAAUCAAACAAAUUACCAAUGAAUUUGAAAAAUAGCAUUUUUGAUUCAGGAAAAUGUGCAAUAAGCCUCAUCGGAUUGGUUUCUGCAUUCUACAGUGUUAUAAAUUUGAUGAUAUUUUUAUCAGACCCAUACCAAUAUCGUCCAGCAAAUUAUCCUCGACAAGAUGAAAGGAUAACCAAUUGUUUGUGGAUGCUUCUAGUGGAUAUGGUCCUACUUGCACUCUUCAUAGGGCAACAUUCGAUUUUAGCCAGUGAUAAAUUGAAAAUAUAUUUUGAGAAAUAUGGCAUUCUAGACAUAUACAGAAGUUUUUAUAUUAUUACUUCUGCUAUAUGUCUCCAGAUUCUUUUCACAUUUUGGUUUCCCAUAUUGGAAGUAACAUUGUGGCAAUUAAAUCUCAAUUAUAAACCAGUAUGGUAUACAUAUUAUGGUAUUCAUAUACUAGCCUGGAUUUUUAUUUAUGUUGGAAAUGUUUGUAUGGAUAUAAAUGAGUUACUGGGUAUCAAGCAGGUAAUUUAUUCUAUAAAAAACCUUCCUGGCUCUAAUAAAACAAAAUCCCAGGAGUUGAGGAAACUAUGCUCCCAUAUCAACCACCCUAGUUUUACAGCAUUCAUUUUAUUGUUUUGGACAACACCUGUCAUGAGCUUGGACAGAUUGGUUUUAGCAGUUAUAUUCACUAUUUAUCUAAUGAUUGGUUGCAAGACUGAUCAAAGUGACUAUACCUACCAUAAGGCACAGUAUUUCCUCAAAUGUCAAGAGUUGAGGUAUUUGAAGUCUUGAAAAAUGAGCUGGUGAAAAUAGGUAUCGUUGAUUUUAAAAUUAAAUAUACAUUGUAGAAUAUAUAAUAUUCGAGAUAAUGAUCGUUUUAUGUAUGUGUAGUAUAUUUAAUGAGGGAUAUCGAUCAAGUACGCCAGUAAUAACCUACUCUUCAUUCAUAACAAGCAAAGUUAAUGAAACAUUUGGUUUCAACCUCAUUGCAACUUUGAAAUAUGAAUCAUGAAAACAACAAUCAAGGAAACUUGAAUUUCUGAAUCUUGUUGUAGGAGCAAAUAGUUCAACAACAAAAUAAAAUUUCAUCAAAUCUUAACGCUAAUGAUCUCAUCAAUCACAUGCAUAAAAAUUUUUUUAUCCAAGUGUUACCAUUCACAUAUUUCGAAAGCUUGGGUUUUAUUCAUAAACAGUGGAUUAUUACCUAUGUAUUUGGUUGAUAUCCUUAUUAAGUAUAUAUAUAUAUAUACAUACUUUUAAAAAGUGAAUAAAUGAUAAUUGACAUGGAUCUGAGUUUGCAUUAACAAGAGCUUUCAAGUUUAACAUUGUAGUUUUAAUAUAUUAAGAAUUCUUUGUUGGGGUUGUUGAAUUUUAUUUAUAUCGAUUCUAAUAAUACUGAGGACUUUAUUUAU